CCAGUAUCAAUAUGGGCGAUUGAUGAUCGGGUUAUAUGGGGGAGGAUUCUUUACAGGCUUAACUUUAGCGACGUGACAGCUAAAGUGAUAUUUUCUUUUUUCAUACGUUAGAACGUCACCGCUACUUCCGAGAUCAUGGAUUCACAAUCAGGAAUUCCAAGUGCUAAAAGACGUGGAAUGACCAGAUUUCAAGUAGAUGAAGUCCAAGAGAGUAAGAAAGGCAAUGGCCAUUCAUUGGUGAAUUUUGAUGAGGUCAAGACUUCAAUGGAUGAUGGUAUGACACCUAUAGAUCUUCAUAACACAACAGACUCUGGUGUAGACCCAGCUAUAGUGGAUGUUAGCCAACCUGUUAAAGUUUUGAAGAUACCAAGAGAAUUCCGGCUCAAGGUGUUUGUUGUAAUACUUUUUAUAUUGAUUGUCAUUGGUACUACCUGUAUUCUCCUUUUCUAUUCGGAACCACCACUGCAUUAUAAAGUUGGGAGAUUAUUGUUCUAUGUGGAAAGUAAAACUGUACGUGUGAGCUACAGAGGAAGUAACUACACUCACAGCUCUGUUGGGUUAAACUUACCUCUUGUUACUCCUUCAACCUGUGCUACGACCACAGACAGGAGACUUUGUUUAGAAUGGAGAGAGUACGGCCAGCUGGAGAUUGAUUGGUUAGAAUUAGACAACAUGGACUGCUAUGAAUUUACAUGGACAGCUAUUCAUCAUGAAGUUAUGCAUAAAGAUUGCUUAUCCCUCCAGAAUGCACAUUGGUAUGGUGGUGCAGUCGUGGCCAACCAACGAUGGCCAAUCGAGGUUGAUGAUUUGCCUUCUCAGCCUUUCUUAUCCGGAGACGGUUCGUCACCUUUUGGGCCAGUCGUCGAGCGCUACUGGCUUUCAUCCAACGGAUUAGGUUUAAGGGUCAAUGAUUCAUCAUUUAUCUCUGUGAGCAUGGAUAGUGAGAGGCAAGAGAUGUGUCUGGAGUCUGGUCAGUAUGACAUCUCCAUCCAUUCCAAUUCUAGCAAGUAUGCUCUCCUGCAAUACACCAUGUGUCUUGCGUCAGAUCUGAAGGCCAUUCACAGGAACAUGAGCAAUAGGUUUACUGUAAGAACAGAGAAUGCUCCAGAUAGUAAUGUCAUUACAUACCCAACAUGGUCCGUAGCUACACCAGCAGAUAAAGCUUCAUGGAAUGAAUCACUGUUGGUAACCACUGCAAAUACUCUUCACCACCUUGGAUAUACCUCGGGCGUAUUUGAAAUCCCAACAUCAUAUCAAGCAAUUGAAGGAGAUCUUGCAUUUGAUACUACUCGCUUUACAGAUGUCUCUGCAAUCAUGGCAAAUAUUACAAAACCUGGAUUUGGAUUCACAACAGCUGUCCAGGUUACGCCAUACAUCAGCACGCAGUCAAAAAACUUCAUGGAUGGUGUAAGUAAUGGGUAUUGGGUAAACGAUCCUAGGGAUCUAGUUCCCGGGCUUACUAGAUGGGGCGACAAUGUAGGAGCUGCCCUUGAUGUGUCCAGCAAUAGUGCCGUCCAAUGGUUUAAGAACAAACUUCAGUCCCUUCAAGCAAGCGGUGUUGAUGGUUUCACCUUUGAUUAUGGUCAAGCAAGUUAUUUACCCAUUGGCUUCCAAGUAGAGAAUGCCCUUGAGAUUGCAGAUGAGUAUGCCACCAGGUAUGUCAAUAUUGCCAAUGAGGUGUCAUCACCAUUUGUUAGGUGUAUGUAUCAGUGUCAAAACAUUCCAUUAGUUGCAGAAUUGAUUAGAAAAGACCCUACUUGGGAUGAAGAAAAUGGCUUAAAAACCAUCAUUCCAACAGCUCUUACAAUGGGUCUCCUAGGCUACCCAUAUUUCAUGCCAGAAUUAAAAUAUUUGAAGGAUGGUUGUAGCCACCCUAAAGACUGUCUCCCAUCAAAAGAACUCUUCAUAAGGUACAUAGAGCUCUCUGCUUUUCUCCCUGCUAUGCAAAUACCUACCAUCGUAGCAGAAUAUGAUGAAGACACCAGGAGAAUCAUUAAAAAAUGGGUAGAUUUUCAUCAGGAUAACAUCGCUCAACGGGUCUUGGACCUUGCUCAAGAAUUCUCCCAGAAAGGGGAUCCUGUUAUAAGACCCCUAUGGUGGUCAGCUCCUGCCGAUCCGGUCGCUUUAAGAAUCAACUCAGAGUUCUUGGUUGGUGAUGAUCUUCUUGUUGCACCCAUCUUAGAUGAAGGCACUACCAAGAGACAUGUUUAUCUUCCUGCUGGAACUUGGCUAGACGAGUCCAAUCAACAAUUAUUAGGGGAACGGUGGUUGAGUGAUGUCAGUGUUUUAUUAGAGGAUGUUGCCUAUUUCAGGAGAGUGUUGUGAUACACAACAACUCUUCAAACAGUUCUCUUUAGUUCAUCAAGAUAAAUAAGGUCAGUAAAUUUACUGAAAGAAAUGAGAGGGGAAAAUUAAAACGUAGCUCCUCUCUUGUUUUUGUUGGUGCAAUCACAGGAAAACCAUGGGUUUGAGAAAAUAUAAAGCAUUGACAUUGUUCAUCAAUUGUUUAUGUAUCUAUUGUUAUUCAACAGGUUUUACUGAAACAAUUUACUACAGAUACUGUAUGUCUGAUAUUCUAUACAGGUGUUCAAUGAAAGCAGGAUGUUAAUAUCUGGUACCGAAGUUAGUCAUCCAACUUGAGUACUAUCCAUCCAUAUAAUAUAUCCUACUUGUCUGUGCUAUUUGUCUCUCCAUGUUAGUGAAAUUUAUCUUUUAUUCAAGAGGUCUGUAUCAUGCAAUCGUUGUUACAAAGCAAAUCUACUUUCCAACUCUAAAAAUUAUAUUUAUCAAUCCUAAGAUUGAAUUUUAUUUAUAUGAAAGAUUUUAACAAAGACUUUAUGGAAAAGAAAUAUUGUUAGAACUUUGAUAGAUUAGAUGUAGGCUGAAUAAGAUGUACAAGUAGUCUGUAUUGUAUUUCAGUACAUUCCUUUUGAAAAAUUCCUUGAAUGUUGAUCUACAGUAUCCAACAGUAGUGAGUAUACCCCUCACAAAACCAACUUUUUUUCAUUGCAGCUCUUCAUCAAAAGAUUUUCUCAAAUUCAAACAAAAGUUAAAGAAUCAAUGAGACAUGACAGGAUUCCUCAUUUUAUUGUCUCGCUUGCAUAGCAGAACGGUCUCACUUGCAUAGCAGAGCGAGAUUGUAGGCGCUGCUUUACUGACAGCGAUGGCAUCAACAUCAAUUCAUAACUGAAGGUCAAGUUUUUGAAAUGACAUCAUAACUUAGAAAGUAUAUGAAACUUGGACAUAAGGUUAAUCCAGUAUUACUG